AUGUUAUCGAAUCUAAUAACAGAGCCGACAAUAAUCGGGGCGCAGAGUGUGUUGGAAGAAAUCUUCACUGAGGAGCAGAUGGUUACGGUUUACAGAGUUCACUUGGAAAGGCUUUACUCAAACCCUAUUCAGUAUCCCCAACAACUGCCCCGUCAAAACUUCCCAGCAGCUAAUCCAGAAAUUAUAGUACUAGAUGUUGACGAUGACAGCAAUACGGGUCCUGCUCAAAACAAUAUUCAUGCCUCUGGACUGCCGCCUAAUGUCUCUGACCAUCAAGGUCCAACAAACGAGGAAGUUGAUGGUAUACGCCUUACUCAAGAGCAUCAUGACUUUGGAGACGUGGGAAUCAACUUGCUGGACGACUAUAUGCAAACAAAUGAAAACCAUAACUACGCUGGAGUUGAUGAUGCUAUGCUCUACUGGGAAGGGCUUAUGGCCGAGGCAGCUAUAGCUGAGGAGAAUCGAGCUGUGCCAGAAAUGGUAAUGGAAGAGGCAAUGCCUCAAACCAUCGUGCCACCACCAGUUAUGGUCAGUAAUCCCGUGCUUCGCCUAGCUUUGGAACCAACUGAUGAGUUCUCUUCCACGGAUUCUUCAAGUGAGACUUAUCUUACUGCUUAA